GAGCUGGUUCAGGGCAGAGGGGGAGUCUGCAGGGUCCAAACAUACGCACACACAUAUACACACACACACACCACACACACGGACAGAAGCUGCAAAUCAGAAACUCCGCAGACCUGCGCAACUUUUCCAGCAAGCGCAGUCUGUUUGUUGUUGUUGUUGUUUUUUUUUUGUGUGUGUAUAUAUAAAUAUAUAUAUAUAUAUACACACAUAUAUAUAUAUUUAACUACUUUUGACUUGAUCCCGGUCGCUUGCAAAGAUGACCACAGCCGUGGUGUCGCCUUUCUUCGACUUCGACGUUAUGAACAAGAACAACAAACUGCUCAGCUACAACAGCAACCUGGUCCCCCCUCAUCCCAUGUCUGUCCCUUGCACUGGCACCAACGUGCCCAUCUCCAGCCCCGCCGGAGCCCUGCUGGACAGGAAGGCGGUGGGGUCUCCCUCAGUGGGAGGCGUGUACCAGCGGCGGCACUCUGUCAGCAGCACAAAGUUCAGCCAGAAUCAGUUCCUGAACAGCCUGAAGGCGGCCGACCACUCCUCACUCAUCUCAGGGGUUGGCAAUGCCAGCAGCAGCAGCAGCAGCAACAACAACAACAAGGAGAACCGCCUGCGGGACCGCUCCUUCUCUGAGACGGGCGAGAGGCUCAUCAACAAGUGCCUGGGCCCUGCCAGCCCCACCGGCGGCAGCAGCAGCAGCCAAGUGAACUCCAGCCGCUACAAGACGGAGCUUUGCCGGCCCUUCGAGGAGAACGGUUCCUGCAAGUACGGCGACAAGUGCCAGUUCGCCCACGGGAUCCACGAACUGCGCAGCCUGAGCCGCCACCCCAAAUACAAGACCGAGCUGUGCCGCACCUUCCACACCAUCGGCUUCUGCCCCUACGGGCCCCGCUGCCACUUCAUCCACAACGCCGAGGAGCGCCGCGGACCCCCGCAGCAGUCCUCCCCGCUGAACUCUUCCAACAAGAUGGACAGGCCCCGGCUGCAGCACAGCUACAGCUUCGCGGGCUUCUCCAGCUCCGCCGGGCUGAGGGACAGCCCGACCUCGGUCACCCCGCCGCCCAUGUUCUUCCCGGACGAGGUCCCCGACUGGCCCAGCUGCAACCCCUUCACCUACUCCAGCCAGGAGCUGGCCAACCUGUUCGGGCCCAGCCUCGGCGGCGGCCCCAUGAGCACAGAGCCCAACGCCCCUGCACCUCCCUCUCCAACAACCCGGUCUUGCUAUUUCAGACCAAUGCUGGAGUCCCCGCAGAUGUUCGAGUCUCCAUCCAGCCCCCCGGACUCUCUGUCAGACCAAGAGGGGUACCAGAGCAGCUCCGGCGGCAGCCUGUGCGGCUCCGAGUCCCCAACGCUGGACACCACCCGCCGCCUUCCCAUCUUCAGCCGCCUCUCCAUCUCCGACGACUAGACCCCCGCCCCCGCCUCGCCACCCACCCUUCCCACGCACCCACCAGUGACUUUGACGCAAAGAGAGCAUGGCACUCCCCUCUACCUCUGCCCUUUUUUCUCGAGCUCCCCAGCCUUUCCCUUACACGAAAAAUACUGCAUUAGCUCCUCGUUAGCGUUGUAAGGAUGUAAUCAGUUAAGGGAAUUCUCAAAUUAUCAUUUCAUCCCGGUUCAUCUGCACAGCAGCAAGUUCUUUACAAAAAAAAAAAAGAAAGAAAAAAAACAGCACCCUGCCAUGUGUCAUAGUGCCAAAAACGGAGAGGAAAUUGAACAAUGAAAAAUCAAGAACAAGAAUUGACUGUUUUGCCAGGUGCCACUUGUUUAUUUUUUUUUUUCUUUCUUCUUCAUUUGUUCUUGAAUGUGUAGCAGCACAAGUGGCCUUGGAAAGGGGAGUGCAUUGCACUAGCCCCCUGCCCCCUUGCCCUCCCUGCCCCCCCACCUCACCCACCUCCCUCCCUCCCUCCUCCCUCCCUCUCUACCUGAUGAUACCACUUCCCCUGAGCUAGCUAGAGGGUGCUCACUAACGUAACUGUAGCUCUACCGCAGACGUUUUUACAGACUGAGUUAAGACAAACGGAGGAGAUGGGGUUGGAAAAAAAAAAAAACAGACCCUGAAAAUAUAUGAAUAGUUUUUUUAAAGAAAAAGAAAAAGGAGUUUAAAAAGUGCCUGGGGUGGUUUCUGCAUGUGUUUAGGGUGAAUGGACUACUGUUUGUUUUUUGGUUCUUUCUCAUUUGCCCCCCCCCCCCUCCCCUCUUUCUCCACCCCUGGUCACGGUUCUUCUCAAGCCCCGUCCUAUGUAAUUGUGAACUGGGUGAGUCUGCAGGAAGGACUUUGAACUGGAAGUUGGUUAUGUCCCCCUCUCCCUCGCCCUCCCCCUCCUCUUCCUCCUCCUCCUCCUCCUCCUCCUCCUCCUCCUGAGUUUCUCCUCCUGUUGCUGGUCACUGGCUCUUUCUUUUUUUAUUUUUUAUUUUUUUUGUGCUGGGAAGGAAGUCGAUAUCAAACUGAUCAUUAUACCUGUAAGACUUUAUCCCGCCCUCCUCUUCAUCCUCACCGAUCUGGGGAAUUCCAGCAUUCCCAUGGUGCAGUUGUACAUCCUUCGACUUUACAAGAUCGGAUCUCCAAGCUAUUUUACUUUACUCCCUGCUCCUCCCCCUUCUCCCCCCAUCUCCACCUGUAGAACGCGCUCAGAGGAGCACUCUGUACUCAUUACAUCCCUUUUUUUCCCUUUUUUUUGCUUCCUUUAUUUGAUAAUUAUUUUUUAUUAAUGUUAUUAUUACGGUUAUUAUUAUUUGAGAAACUUUCCAAACAGAAGGUUUGCGUGUCACUGCUUAUUUAACUUAUCAGAACAUAUUUAUUGGUGAUCAUAUGCAUUUUUUUGUUAAUUUUGUUUUUUGUAUUUAUCUGGAUAAUGAACAAUAGAAUAUAUUUUCUUUUAUGUUAAAUUAUGAUCUUCCAUAUUAAUCUAAAGAUUGUGAAGACGUUUUUGUCAGUUUUUUCCUUUUUUUCACAGUUUAAUAUAUUGUACUUCAAUGACUUUUGUUCUGCAACUACACAAAAUGAAACUUAAUUUAAAGCAAAAAAAAAUGCAAAAAAAGGUGUUUUGCGUUUUGAUUAUUUAUUGUACUUCUUUUUUUUUUCUUACUCCCUCUUAUUGGACUGCAAUUCCAUCUAAACUAGCUUGAAUUCAUUCCUGACGCCCCCCCCCUCUCCCCUCCUCCCACCCCUUCACGCCUUACAAUAAUCUGACAGUAACAGUAGCUAACUGUUAUUACAUUAAUUCAACUUUUUUAUUUUUUUGUACUUGUUUUUGUUUGUACCGGAUCUUGUCCCCACUUUUGAAGAAAAAAACAAAGUAUUCUCACAGUACUUGGGUUUGAUUUGAUGGUAAAAGAAACUCUCACAUGACUGGUUCAGAGAAGUUAGAAGACUGGUUAUGUUUGCGACGCCCCCCCCCCCCCCCCCCCCAACCCCACACCUCCCCCUCCCCACCUCCCAGUCUGUUAUUAACAAGCAAUAGCUGUGACCAAAUGGGUUGAGGAAAGUUAUUUUAAUUUGAUCGGAUGCUUGAUGCACUUGCUCGUCCCUCCCGCCCCCCUCCCGCAAACCCAACCCCCCCCCAACCCCACACCCCCACCGCCCUCCUCCUAAUCUCUCUUGACCAGCGGAAAGUGCCUCGUUUGAAUACAUUCCAGGUAGCUAAGGCUUCUCUGCCUUUUACAUUUGAUAAUGGAGGACAGUUUAUUGCUAUUAUUUUUUUUUUUCUUUUUAAAAGUCACGUGUUCAGUGUUGCCUUCACGUGUUUGGAAGCGGUGAACAGAUUCUGACACAAAGAAAGUAAAACUGUUGAAUGUAUUUUUUCAGCCAUGUUUUUUCACUACAGUAAUUUCUGUGAUAUGAAAACCUGUUUCGUUUUUUUUUUUUUCGUUUGUUCCUUCUCUUUUUGUAAGUAUUGAUUGCAGUUAAGUCAAUAAACCCCGUAUUUUUGGAAAAGUUAAGCUUGUGUAUUAAGUUGUUGUUUUACGAGUCGCUUCUGUGAUAAAGAUUAAACUUAAAAACUCAUGAGUA